AUGAGGGUUGUAAUCCUGUCAAGAAAUUCAUUUUCUGGGCCACUAUCCAACUUGUGUGAGAUGAUAAGCGUAAACAAUUUUCUUGGUUAUCUAGAUUUAUCAGAUAAUCUUCUGUCAGGACCAAUUCCAGACUGCUGGAAUUAUGGGAAAGAUUUGGAGGUUUUAAAUUUAGCAAGAAAUAAUCUUUCUGUCAAAAUCCCUGAUUCAAUUGGCUAUCUAGUACAACUUAAAAUGCUGAUAUUUGAGAAUAAUGGUCUUUAUGGAGAAAUUCCACCAUCGUUGAAGAGUUGCACAAGCUUGUUAGUUAUUGAUCUGGGGCUAAACAAGUUAUCAGGAGCUAUACCAGAAUGGAUUGGAGAAAAUUUGUUGGACCUCAGGAUUCUUGUCUUAAAUUCAAAUGCAUUAGAAGGGCUUAUUCCCUUGCAGCUAUGCCAGCUAAAAGCUCUGAAAUUGUUGAACCUUGCAUCGAAUCGCUUGUCAGGACGGAUUCCAAGUUGUGUUGGCACUUUACAGGCCCUGACUGAGCCAGGCAGCAGCUGUUAUUACAAUUAUGAUUUGAAAACUCUCUCCAUGAUGCAUCUCGAAAGGAAUAUCACAGGGGCACAACGUCUCUUUCCUCAAGCUGUUCCUGUAGUGAAGUCCAUGGAUCUUUCAUCAAAUAAUCUUUCUGGAGAAAUUCCUUCGCAAUUUACGAGCCUAGGUGGAUUACUUGCCUUGAACUUGUCUAGAAACAGUUUAACAGGAACUAUCCCGCCAAACAUAGGUGCAAUGGAAGCCAUGGAAUCCCUUGAUUUAUCAUGGAAUGAACUUUCAUGCGCCAUUCCUGACAGCAUACUGAGUUUGUCCAACCUUUCUCACCUAAAUUUGUCUCAUAACAAGUUGUCAGGACCAAUUCCUCAUGGAAAGAACCUGCUCUCCAAGUUUGGCGCAACAUCAUAUCUAGAGAAUCAAAAUCUCUGUGGUCCUCCCCUUUCAAAGAAUUGCUUAGAACGUGAAUCAUAUGGAGCUCCAGAUUGUCCCAAAAUGGAGCUACAAGAAAGAAGCAGAAGCAGUGAAGAAGAAACUGGAAAUGGAAUGGGAAUACCUCCAUUUUAUAUCAGUAUGGCACUUGGCUUCAUUAUAGGGUUUUGGGGAUUUUGGACCCCUUUGCUGCUUAAUACCUCAUGGAGGCAUGCCUAUUUUAAAUUCCUGGGCAGCAUGAUUGAUGAAAUUUAUGUUAGAGUAGUAGUUGGUGUAGCUAAAUUGCAAAGAAAGCUACAGAGCCAACGGCAAGGAGAAUAA